AUGUCUGACAACUCCACAAACUCCACUCUAUGCCACCCUCUCUUGUUCCAAUUAGGUAAAUUUAGUGUUGAAGCAAUGGAUCCUUCUGUGUCGUUUGGUAUAUGUCCUGACACGAUUUUGACACCCAUCACGAGUGCAACCAUUCUUCUCAUCCACCUCAUCUUGCUUGGCGUUUCAGGUUUGGCACUCUUUAAAACAAGAAAAAACGGAUACAUUACCUCUAGAAGUCCAGUCUAUCUUUGUCUUGUCAUGAUUGGAAGUUUCAUCUUUGUCUUUACUUCCUGUUUGAGAUUUAUGAUCUCUCGUAAAAUCUAUCCUUGUACAUUGCAUACGUUGAACAUGUUUGAAUUGCCCUACGUGGUUCUGUUGCCAACCAUCUUUAAAGGCAUUCGAGUGUUUUUCAAGUAUCGAAUAGCUUUGGAAACGAAAAACAUGCUCACCAUGUAUGACUUGGAAAAGUCCUUCCAUCAACAACAACAACAACGGCAUCUUCCACCAAUUCUCUCCAAGCGACACUCGACUCAAUCCACCACCAACACCCUCGCUAUUAAUACCACCACUCAAAGAAAAACUGACCUUUCAUCAUCCACCUAUUCUUCCAAGUCGUCAGCUGCACCAAGAGCCUUUUCACCGCUGAAACAUUCUUAUAAUAAUGGGUUUAAUAACAGCAGAACUGCCCAUCAACAAGAAUCAUCCUCGACGAUAGAAUACGGAGGAGAGCCUUCUUCAUCCUUCAAUCAUGCUUUAGGGGAAAAGUGUACGGAACAACCACAACAAACGCAACAACCACAUUAUGAUAUCAUUCCGAAUGUUCAAUUCGAGUUGUUUGAUCUUCACCAAUUAAGAAUGGAUACAGCGGCACUAUCAUCACCUGCAGAGGAUUUAAACUUGUCCCGAUGUGUUCCUUCCCUUCAUGCAGCGACAUCACCCAAAUCCUUGCACAUGACUUCUCCUACCGUUGAUGCCAUGAUGUCCACUACUACAUCAAGACAAUCUCAAUUUGAUGCCAUUAUUAUGGCCGAGUAUAGACUCGAGGAUGAAAACAAUAUCAAUAAUGAUGAGGAUGAUGUUAGAAACACAUCGACCACCAACACAGACGCGGAAUCAACCACAACAGCUGCUGCAGCAGAUACUCUUGCAAUAUUUAAUGAAUCUAAUGAUGAUGGUCUUUCCGAUUAUCCUCUCACAGAAUCCUCUUUCCGAGUUUUGAGAAUGUAUCGUUUUAUUGUGAGCUACAAGUGUGUGGUCUUUGUGUAUAUCAUCUUGUUCUUUCUCCACUUGAUUUUGUGGAUUGUUUUGGGAGCCAUUGACUAUGCAGUAGCUCCUUCCUAUGUGGUGAAUGGAAUUAGUGAAAGAUUGUUAACUAUUGAGGUGGCCAUGUUUGAUUUCACUCGAGGAUGCAUCAUUAGCAACAAUGCCACCUAUGUGAUGGCAGCCCUGAUCGUUGCAUAUUAUAUUGUGGAAUUGAUUGUGAUCGUCAUGACUUUCUUUGCUGAGAAGGAUACUUGGUUCAUGAAGACUGAGACAAUUCUUGUGUUUUUAGUGCAAGUGGUGCUUGGUAUCAUUUAUAUGGUUGUGAGCAAUUUACAAAUUGUUAAAUAUUUAACAGACUACUUCUUUUCAUAUGCCAAUAUUCCAGUGAUCUAUUCAAUCCUGGAAGUAUUCGUCACCGUCACGUUACCAUGUGUCUAUGCAAUCGCUUCAGACUAUAGAAAAGAGAAGGAAAAGCAACGCCAACUUCAGCUCAAUGAAUCCAUACAAAAUACCAGCGUUGUUGAGCUCUUUUUACGGAACAAGAAGACCUUUAACAUUUUACUCGAUUAUGCUCGCAAGUCGUAUUGUUGUGAAUCUGUUUUAGCAUGGAAGGAUAUUCAAAAAUUCAAAAAAUCGAAACGAAAACAAAGACAAAAGAUUGGCAAGUACAUUUUAAAAACCUACUUGGACGAAGACUCUCCAGUUCAGCUUAAUUUACCAUCAAACUUGGUAGAUAUGAUUCCAGAAUGGGAUGCUCAAUUGAAAUUGUCGAAACCAGAGAAGAAAAUGUUUGACCUCUUGCAACUGCAUUGCGUCUUGGACAUUACAGACGUUUUCGAACGAUUGAAAGCUUCUGACAAGAAAGUGAGAGACAUUAUCGAAUCGUGGCAAAAUGUCAACACACAACAGAACCAACUGUCCAUGUCCAGCAGCACUACAGGCGUCAAGGGGGCUACAGCGAAUAUUAAUAACUCAUCAACCAGCGAGAAUUUAUUGAUAUAA